GCAGACACGGGCCCCACAAGUGACAUAGAUUUCACUUCAUAUGGACAGUAAGGAAUUCACAAGGAACAUGGCGGAGACGAAAAUAAAAAAGGAUAAAAUAUGCAUUGUUGGAAGUGGACUGAUAGGGAAGAGUUUUGCGAUGUUGUUCGCCUCAUCUGGCUACCAAGUCUAUAUGUACGACAUUCAAUCUUCCCAAGUGACAGACGCUUUGAGCAACAUCCGGGUCCAAUUGCUGGACUUGCAGGAGAUGGGGCUCCUAAGGGGAACUUUGUCCGUGGAUCAGCAACACAGUUGUAUCAGAGGAGCUACCGACCUUGGCCAAGCGAUCAAAGGAGCGUGUUUUGUUUUGGAAUGUGUGCCGGAGAGACUGGAUUUGAAGACUUCCGUCUAUAAGAGCAUUGAUCCCUUCCUUGAACCCUCCGCCAUUUUGGGAUCAUCUGCUAGCGGCCUCGUCCCCUCCCUUCUAUCUAAGGACCUGAAGAAUCGUAACAGAUUCAUUGUCGUUCAUCCGACGAAUCCUCCAUUCUACGCGCCCCUUGUAGAACUAAUUCCCUCUCCCUGGACGGACUCCGAUGUGUUACCUACCACCAAAAGUCUGUGCACGGAGAUCGGACAGGCACCAGUCGUCCUUAACAAGGAAAUCGAUGGUUUCGUCCUCAACCGGAUACAGUACGCCAUUAUUGGAGAGUGUUGGAACAUAGUCAAGGCGGGCGUGAUGAGUCCAGAAGAUGUUGACAAAGUCAUGUCGGAGGGACUGGGAAGAAGAUAUGCCUUCAUGGGACCCCUGGAGACGGCCUACCUCAAUGCCGACGGUUGGUUGAGUUACCAGGAGCGUUAUGCAGAUAUGAUGGAGCGUGUGACGUCAACAUUCGAGCCAUUCCCGAAGGUGGAAGGACCAACGUUACAAACUAUUCACAACGAAUUCGUCAGGAAAAUCCCUCUGGAUCAACUAGACGCUCGCCGGAAGUGGAGGGAUGAACGACUGGCCAGACUAUCUAAACUAAAAAAGGACAUGGAUAAUUAAAUAAUAUGAAUUUGUUGUAUAGCUUAAUUUGUACACAGAACCUAUAUUCAUAUCAAACUUAAUUUAUUUUGGUUAUGCUUACAUGUUAUUAUGUCUAUAUGAUAAUAAGUAUGUAUGUAUGCAAUUUUCUAAAUCUGCGAAUAGGAGUAUUGUACAUCUUCGUCAUCCGGAAUAUACUGAAUAUGUUACUAAAUUAAAAUUUACUAGUGUUAUUCAGGUAUUGUGUUUUGUAUACUGCCCUUUAACGUGAUUAAACAUCAGAAACAAAUACA